ACAGUAGCUUCAUGAGGGCAUCCUGCAUAGGCUAGGUUAAUAUUUACUGAUGUGUUAAUAUAAUAAUGACCCAUCUACCUCUUCUCAUCUCUGGGGCACUUUCUAUCUAUAGGGAUGGAAAUGAAUGACAGAGUCUCUCUGUGCUGCCUGAUGUCAGAGCUGAGAAAGGUGUGAAGGGUAUAUAAGAGCUGUAUUACUUGCCAGCAAGGAGGGGAGAAAAAAGGGAUACUGCAGAGUCAGAUGCAAGCGUGGAAUUGUUGCAUGUACCCUUCCUGCUAAUACAGACGUGUGUUGAACUUCUUCAGUUAGUUCCUUGACCACUACAAGAAACUUAGGAAGGAAAGAUGUGCAACCUAAAGCUGACAGUUGUCUUCAUUGUGCUCUCUGUUACUUUAAGCUACUUGGACGCUACACCUAUGGAAAGACUAUUCUCUGUGGCUGACGAUCUAUCUGAUGGGACUUCCAACAGACAAGGAUGGCUAUUACCAGUUCUGUCAAGGAAUACACCCUGGGGACUUAACCGGGCAUUACCACAACCGGCUGCAGCAAAGCCAAAAAGUCACCGCUUGGAGAAACGGAAAUGCAACACUGCUACAUGUGUGACGCAACGUUUGGCUGACUUUUUAGUUCGAUCCGGCAACAACAUCGGAGCAAUUUAUUCACCGACCAACGUGGGAUCCAAUACAUAUGGCAAGAGGGACCGAGUUGGGCUUUUAAACAGAGAACCCCUAAAUUAUCUACAGCUUUAGCGUGUUGAAAUGAUUACUGCUGCACUCCUAAUUAGGAGUUCCUCUCCAGUUUUUAUGUAUAAAUAACCUUUUAGUCAUUUACUACCUAUACAUUCUUAACAGUGCCUUGUUUUCUUUGUGUGUGUGUCUGUGUAUGUGACUUUCAUGGUUCUCAUUUCACUAUGCAUGUAUGAUGACAUGCAUAGGGUAUGGUUUUGAAUUCACUAAACGCUUCAGAAAUCUGCUCAUUACAUUCCUUUGUGAAAAGAAAAUAAAUCACAAAAAUAAACUGAAAUGUAAUUGCUAUAGGGUUUUUUUUAAUUAAAAAGAUUAAAAAGACAACCAUGAUGUGUAUGUCUUUAUAGUCCCAGCUGGGUGAGGAGAAAACAAUGAAACCUGUCCUAAACAACCACUCAGGGAGCUAACAAAAAUCAGUUGGUUAAUGGAGCUUGUGUCCUAAUGUAAGUGAAGCAGAAUUGUACUCAGUAUUUUUGGAGUUACUUUAGAGGGGUUAUAGUCCCUUACUGCACUCUAAGCAAGAACUAUUGGGUGAAAGUCUAUGGCCUAUGUUAUAUAACUCAGACUAGAUGAUCAUAAUGGUCCCUUCUCACUGAAAAAUAUUUUAGUCUAAUAAGGGUGAUCUCUUGUACAGGUUUCAUUGCAUAUUGCAAUAUGGUAUUUUAAGGGUUUAAAAUUUAAGGGUAUUUAAGGGUUUAUAUCUAAAUUUUAGCUCACUUAACUCUAACCACUAUGAGAACCAGUAAAUUAUAAAGCUGAGCACAAGGAAACCCAGCUAAUCGGGUGACAAGAACUUUGUAUUCUUCUUAAAAGCAUGUCCUACAAAAGAACUGGCAUCUUUCUUUGUGUGUUCCCUUCUCUGAACUGAAUUAAUAAACUGAUUUAAAAAGAAAGUGAGCAAAAGCAUUAAGUUACCUAUGAUAGCUUUAUAUUU